GCACAAAAAAACCAACUUCUCUCUAGUUCAACCAAGGCAAAUAGGACACCUUUCAUUUUGCUAGUGCCAACCAGUGUAGGCAUAAGCCACCAAGGAACGUGGGUCACGCGUGGGCAGGCAAAAGAGGUAGCCAUCAAGGCGCGUGGAUCAUACUUGGGCAUGUACAAGAGGCAACCCCCAAGGCAUUGCCGACCGCCAAGCACUCUGCUUGCCAAGAGGCACUCUGCUAAGGGUCCUCCUAGUUGCCCACUUCCAUUGGAUUAG